CUUCAUUGACUGCAGGUAACACGAGAGCCUUUGGUCGGUAGCGGCCGCCGAAGAUGGGUAGGUAUAAAAGGCGACACCCACUGGCAGACGUCGAGCAGUUCCGCCCACUCACUCAAACCAUGAAGAUCAUCAUCCUUGGCUCCCUCUUCUUGCUGGCCUCUGCUGCCAAGCUUGACCAUCUGUCCGGGACACACCAAGGAGAACAGUAUUUUGAACGAUCCCCAAAUAACAACCUCGUUCAUAUCAAGUAUGGUAGUGAACAUGGACACGCCCACGCUCAUGGAAGUCAAUUCAUUGUGAACCAAGCUUCCAGCCAAGUUGGCAUCAGCAAUCAGUUCUCUUCCACUUCUCAAAACCAACAGGCAAACCAAGGCCAAUUCUCCUCACAAGCUCAGCAGAGCAACAGAAAUCAGUUCUCUGAUCAAGGUCAAGUAAAUAUUGAAAGCCAGUUCUCUGGACAAAACCAACAAAACAUCAACCAGUUUUCUUCCCAGCAAGGUAACAGGAAUCAAAUUUCCUCCCAAGUCCAGCAAGGACUUGCAAAUCAAUACUCCAACCAGAACCAGUUGAACAGAAACCAGAUUCAGUCUCAGAUCCAACAGGACCAGAGAAACCAAUUUUCUCUUCUCAGCUCACAAAACCUUGGCAACCAGUUUUCAUCUAAAACUCAACAAGGAUCUGUGCAACAAUUUUCUACCCAAAACCAACAAGCAGGAGGCAACAGAUUCUCUUCUUUGACCCAACAGAAUAACGCAAACCAGUUUCAGUCUCAAAACCAACAGAAUGCAGCUCAGUUGACUUCACAGAGUCAACAAGGACUCAGAGAUAGGUUCUCUGUUCAAAGCCAACAAGGUAACCUUCAGAGCAACAGGAACCAAUUUUCCCUCCAGAAUCAGCAGAACAAUCAGUUCUCUACUCAGACCCAGCUUGGUAACAGAAACCAGUUUUCCACCUCUACCACAGGUCAGUUCAGUAACAGGAACCAGUUGCCUACCUUGGAACAGCAGACAAAUAGGAACCAGUUCUCUGGCCUAACCCAGCAGUUUGGCACCACCCAAGGCAACAGGAAUCAACUUUCUGUCCAGAGUAACAGGAAUCAGCUCUCCACUCAAAGUAACAGGAACCAACUCUCUACUCUGAACCAAAGUAACAGGAACCAACUCUCUACUCUGAACCAAAGUAACAGGAACCAGUUCUCUACUCUGGACCAAAGUAACAGAAACCAGUUCUCUACUCAGAACCAACAAAGUAAUAAGAACCAGUUCUCUACUCUGACUCUUGCUAACAGAAAUCAAUUCUCUACCCAAGGUCAGCAAGGUAACAGGAACCAGUUCUCCACCCAAGGUCAACAGAGUAACAGGAACCAGUUCUCUCUUCAGAGUCAACAGAACAACAGAAAUCAAUUGUCUGCCUCCCUCCAAAGCCAACAGAACAACAGAAACCAAUUCUCUACCCAAAACCAACAGAACAACAGAAACCAAUUUUCUAGCCAAAGCCAACAAAACAACAGAAACCAAUUCUCUACUCAAAGCCAACAGAGCAACAGAAACCAAUUCUCUACCCAAAGCCAGCAAAACAACAGAAACCAGUUCUCUACCCUGAACCAGCAAAACAACAGAAACCAGUUCUCUACCCUGAACCAGCAGAAUGACAGAAAUCAGUUCUCUACAUCCAUCCAGGGUCAAGUAAUCAGUGGAAACCAAUAUUCUGCUGGCAGCCAGGAAACCAACAGAAACCAGUUUGCGACACAGAAUCAACAAAACAGGGGGGUCCAGUAUUCUAAUCAGGGCAGCCAAGGCUUAAACCAGAGAUACAGUUUCAGUGAUAACCGUUUCAGUGACCCAAACCUUGUUGAUGUUAAGCAGACUAACUUGCAAACUUCCAUCAGUUCCUCAGGUGGUCAGUCAUCUUUUAGCAACAACAACCAAUACCAGACUAAUCAGAAUGUUGGUAGUACGAGCUUCCAAGUACCCCAGACUGGCAGCAUUUCCCAGCGAACCCAAAAUCAGGACAGUAACCAAUUCCGGCCAAGCCAGAACCGAGGGAGCAGCAUCCAGUCAUCAUUGAGCCAAGGAUCAGGCACUUUACAGUUUAGCCAGAAUGCAGGUGCCAUCAGGCCUCAACAGAACCAAAAUCAGUUCUUGAGCCUUUCCCAGAGUCAGGGCAACCGAGAUACUUUCCAAACAACACAGAACCAGUUGAACAGAGUGAACAACCAGCAGCAAUUCUCAGGUGCGCAGGUACAAAAUGCAAAUAAUCAGUUCCAGUUCAACCAGCAAAACCAACAUUCACUGCAGUUCCAGACCUCUGAGAUGAAAGAGAUUGCUGGACAUAUUCAAAGUAUUAAUGGCGACAAGAUUCUUGGAGUGUUCCAGACUUUCUUUGUACCACCAACUUCCAAUCUGUUCGAAGGCACCACAUCAUCAAGUUUCUCAUGCGCUGCCUUUGGCCAAGGAUACUACGCUGAUCAAGAUAGUAACUGCCGGAUGUUCCAUGUGUGCACUCCCGUCCAGACUCAGGAUGGCGCUGCUACACAGUACAGAUUUACAUUCCGAUGCGGAGAAGGUGAGCAGUUUGACCAGAAUACUUUGACUUGCUCAAGGUCUUCAAACACUUGCUCUUCUGCUAGCUCCAUCUUUACUAGGAGCCACCAGGAUUCCCAGAGCUUGUUCUCCGGAUUUUCUUCACCUGCUGGACCUACCAGCAACAGCAUCUGCUAUCUGGCCAACAACCAAAUCAUCACUGGGGUCCGCAAAUAGAUUUGAUUGUAACGCAUCCAACACCAGCUUCCUUCCUGAAUUGCGACUCAACGGAAAAUCAUUAAGCAGGACAUAACAGAAGCCUCAUAUGUACAGAAUGCUAUUUUGGCAUAGUAACAUCUAGUCACAUCCAUUAAAAGAAAAACAAUCACUCAGUGUCCAAGACUAGAUCAUUCUUUAUACCAACUGUUUUGUCCUCGAAUAUUUCAUUUUAUAUGUUGAUGAUGACUCACUUUCAUGACUUUGGCCUUCUUCAGUGGUGAACAACUGCAAUAUCGAAUAAACCUUACGAAAACUGGUAAGCGGUUCAAGUACCUUUUAUAAUGUACACUGAAUGACGAAUUCCAGUAAAAAUGCAUAACUUA